GGGCUGUGGUUCACACUGAAUGGUCCAGUAUUCUUCUCAGUCUUCAUGGGACUGGUAGUGAUUACAUUAAGAUAAACAUAAAAGCAAGAGCUGAGAUAUUACCAAAGACAUAGGUCACGUUGCCACGGGGGUGACUGCUUUGUUUUGUGUUUGUGGGAAUGGGCUCUUGUAGCCCAAGCUGGCCUUGAACUUGCUCUAUUAUAGCUCAGGAUGACCUUGAGUUCUUGAUGGUCCUCCCUUCGCUUCCCAAAUGCUAAGAUUUUAGGUAUCAGCCACAAUGUAGCUGUGUUGUUGUUUAUUGGGCUUUGGCUGUUCGUAGUAAUGUAAGUGUUUGGAAGGGCUGGGUUAGGUACAAAACUACACAGGCAGAUUGCCAAACAGUGGUUGUUGUCCACAAAGGAAGCAAAAUCCCUCAGAACCACAGGGGGAGGUAUUGCUGUGCAUGCCUCAGAGUGACCCACUGAGCAGACGGAAACUGGGGCUAUAGAUUCUCUCCUCACCCGAACCACUCCCCACCCCCCUGACACCAAGCACAGAUUUAGGAAUUAUUCUGACUACCCAGAACAUAAGAACAGUGUGUGCCAAGGGAUCUUUAAAAUACAGCGUACAGGGAAAUCGCUGAGGAAUAGCAAGCGUUAUCUACCAGAAUCAUUAGUAUAAAUUAAAAAAAGAAAUACAACCUUAGCACACUAGUCGUGUGUGCAACACAUGUACUGACACACUCCAUACACGUUCCACAGUUCCUUUGGAUAGAGAAGUAGAAGGGCCUGAAGAUGAGAAAUGAAAGAAAUAAAAAAGAGGGAAACAAUAGGUGGAAGGGGAAGCAUAAAUUAGGAACCUGAGUGACAUGGUGCAACCUCUUCCUCCUCUACGUCCCUGAUCAGCUCUGCCAGAGCCUAUUUCAGGCUCUGACCUUUCACAGGCUUCCAGAGAGCAUAAAGUCUGUGAAAUGCAAAGGCCCUUCACAAGAUAUCUCACGAAAAGAAUGGACAAGAAAAAGAGGUCAUCAGGAGCAAAUGAGGUCCUGCAACUACAUUUCCCAGAGGACCUUGGGUCGGGUUUUUUAACUAAGCAUAAGUGGGCGGAGCAACUUGGACAGCCACUUAAGACACUUUACUAGCAGACCAGGGAAGUGGAACUCUCUCAGCUUGCUUCCUGGUCCUCUUGGUUUCAGUCCUGGUAGCUGCUGACCCACAGAAAUGGAGCCAGCUCAUCAUAGACUGAUGCCUCUGAAACUAUGAUCCAAAUAGAGCUGCCCUCCCUCAGGAAACCAUGGACAUUGAAGCGUACUUUGAAAGAAUUGGUUAUCGGAGUUCCAGGAACAAACUGGACUUGGAAGAAUUAACUAAAAUUCUUCAACACCAGAUACGGGCUAUUCCCUUUGAGAACUUGAACAUCCAUUGCGGGGAAUCCAUGGAGCUUAAUUUAGAAGUCGUCUUUGAUCAAGUUGUGAGGAAGAAGCGGGGUGGGUGGUGUCUCCAGGUUAAUCAUCUGCUGUACUGGGCUCUGACCAACAUGGGCUUCGAAACCACAAUGUUGGGAGGGUAUGUCUAUAACACUCCAGCCAAUAAGUACAGCAGUGGCAUGAUUCACUUACUAGUGCAGGUGACCCUCAGUGGAAAGGACUACAUUGUUGAUGCUGGGUUUGGACGUUCCUACCAGAUGUGGGAGCCUCUGGAAUUAACCUCGGGGAAGGAUCAGCCUCAGGUGCCUGCCAUCUUUCGUUUGACAGAAGAGAAUGGAACCUGGUACUUGGACCAAAUCAGAAGAGAGCAGUAUGUUCCAAACCAAGAGUUUGUUAACUCGGACCUCCUUGAAAAGAACAAAUAUCGAAAAAUCUAUUCCUUUACUCUUGAGCCCCGCACUAUUGAGGAUUUUGAGUCCAUUAAUACCUAUCUUCAGACAUCGCCAGCGUCCUUGUUUACAAGCAAAUCAUUUUGUUCCUUGCAGACCCUAGAAGGGGUUCACUGUUUGGUUGGUUCCACUCUCACUUAUAGGAGAUUCAGUUAUAAGGACAAUAUAGAUCUUGUAGAGUUUAAGAGUCUGACUGAGGAAGAAAUAGAAGACGUACUGAAAACUAUAUUUGGGGUUUCUUUAGAGAGAAAGCUUGUGCCUAAACAUGGUGAUCGAUUUUUUACCAUUUAGAAUAUGCAGUUUUGGUGUCCUUCCAUGUAUUUGGACUUUAUGUUAAAAUGUUCAAACUGGUGACAUGGACAUACUUCUGAACAUGUUGAUGUAUGCGAGGAAAAACCCACCAUUGGCUUACAGCCAAAUUUAUACAGAAUUUGUGCUAAUAGUUAAGUAAAAGGAAUAGUGUGAAAAGCAUUCCCAUUCAAUUCAACCAGCAUGUAUCCGAUAUCUAAUUUUUAUGAGGUAUUGCCUGUACAAUUUAAGAUUUGGAUUUAGCAAAGAAGAAUAAGAAGUAAUCUUCAAUAUAUCACUUAUACCAAUACCUAAGAAUAUUGAUUAGGACCCAAAAGGACCAGUCAGUCACACAGCUAAUUAUUUCUUUCUGUGCUGUUUUUAUAUCUACUUCUUUUUAUACUAUUUUUCUUACUGUGGGAACAAAUACCAGUUGAGAAACUUGAGAUUCUUGAUUUUAAAAAUGUAUGUCUAAAAUAAUUAAUAUAAAUGAUAAUAUAUAUA